UUUUCUCUCGUGGAAAUGUAUUCCGAGCCAAAUCGCUUAAAAAGUAAGCUAACAAAUAACAGAAUUAUGGCAAAAAUGAUAUUAUUUUUGCAAGUUCUGACCAAAAAUCAAGUUUUUUUCGACUGUUUUUAUUUAACUAGAACGAAAAAAUCACCUUUUCUAAGAGUUAAUUCAGCAAUAUAAGCCAAUAAAUAUAAAAUUAUGUCAAAAAUCACAUUAUUUUUGCAAGUUCUGGGGAUGUUUUUAGACCAAAAAUUAUGUUUUUUAUCCUGUUUUUUUAAACUAGAACAAAAAAAUCGCCUAACCUGACCUGACCAAAAAUGUUCCUUUAAUCAGCAAAAUUUCAGUUAUUGAAUGGGAUGUGGUUAUCACAAUUUUUUUUAUGCAAAUGCGAAAUUACGGAAGUUUUAGAAGCUAGAUUGAACAAACGGUCUCGACUUCGUUUAUUUCUGGUAAUUUUGAUGUCUUAAGCUGAAAAAGUGUGCGCUUGUGGUCAUUACUCUCCUCCAGCAAGUUAAUUGUUUUUAUCAGAGGAUCUGUCUUUCUCCUCGAGCGAUCUCAUAAUGCUUAUGCAGGUGGUGCAAGCUGCAGAAUGGCCAUUCCGUCGAAGUGAUUUUACUACGACGACUUUAUCUCCGGCGACCUACAUUUCUUAAGAAGCACAUUGCACCGUUUCAUGAUAAUUGCGCCAUUGAUAAGUUUAAAUGCGAAUUUCGUGCCGUAUCGAUUUUUGUGCACCAUCGAAAUGGAAGUGCGAGGAGACGUGGCUUUUUAUUUCAAAUAAAAAAUGAGUCGGUUUCGUGGUGCGUUUCUAAUUUUUUUCGCAAUUAUUAUUGAAACCGUUGGCUUUAAUUUGAAUAACAAUGCGUGCCGAAAUUACAAUGAUUACCGAGUGAGAUUUUUCAGUAAAAAUUGCUAUCACAAUCCUGACGUUCUUUCAGAUACUCCUAGUAUUAUACACAGACGGGGUUAUCGUCUUGAAAGUUACACGGUUGAGACGGGGGAUGAUUACAUUUUAACCAUUUUCCGAAUUCCACCGCUUGAUAGUAGCAAAGUUAACAAACAGCCCGUUUUUCUAAUGCAUGGCAUUUUUAAAUGUAACGCCGAUUGGGUUGACGUUGGAAAUAAAUCGCUCGCCUUUAAUUUAGCUGAUCGAGGCUAUGACGUUUGGUUGGGAACAAUAAGGGGAUGCAAUUUUGCACAAGCACACAAAAAACUCAAUAUUUCAGACAGACAAUACUGGGAUUUUAAUCUAGACAAUCUUGCUUAUUUCGACAUUGGUCAACAGUUGAGAUUCGUAGCUAAAACAACCGGAAAAUGGGGUUCCAUAAUUUAUCUUGGGCACUCGAUGGGUACCACUUUGGGCUUUUUAUACACAGCUGGGAACCCAGGACAAGCAAACGAAUUACUUUCAGGAAUUAUUGCAUUGGCACCCGUUAUACAUCUACGAAAUGUGCCUCUAGUCACAAAGUUGGCUAAAAUUGGGGUUCCCAUACAGCGAAUGUUAAGUAGAUUGCGCAUUGAGGGAUUAUUUUACGAAAACGGAACAAACCGGCUUAUUUACCACGUUUGUGCCACUUUACCGCACUUGUGUAAAAAAGUGUUGGAUUUUUUCGUCGGGAAUGUAACACUGCGUUUUCGGCCGGAUGAUCUUUUGCUACUUUUUAGUCAUGCCCCAACUCCGACUUCAGUUCAAGUCUUGAGGCAUUUUUUACAAAUUGUCUCAACUGGACGCAUUACGAGAUAUAAUUAUGGGGCAUUAAAAAAUAUUAAAGAGUAUGGUUUAAGUGAACCCAAAAGUUACGAUUUGAGGAAUAUUAAGGUUCCGGUUUAUUUGCUUUAUGGUAAAAAGGACGCUUUUGUUACUGAACAGAACGUCCAAAAGUUGUUUAAAGACUUGGGGAGUCGCAGGAAGUUUAUGAUUCAAAUACCAAAGAAUUCGUCUCAGGUUCCUUACAAUCAUUUGGAUUUUCUGAUGGCGGAGGACAUGCAUGUGCUUCUGUACCCUGAAAUAUUUAAAGCUCUUGAUGCAAUAAGAAGGAAUUCGGAGUAAAAAAUUCAAAACAGGGUAAUUUGCUUUACUCUAUAAAUAAUUUAUGUCAAACAACAUGUUUAUGUUUUUGCAAGUAGACCAGGGAAUUCCUGUUAUAAAUCAGUUUUGUAAAAAAUGAGAUAAUAAAGCACUAAAACUUGUUGCAUACAAAUUAGUUCG